AUGCCGGAUCGCGUCCCUGCCUUUCCCUACUCUGGUUCUGGUCCUUGCAUGGGAUUCGACAUGAUCGACGACCACGAUUCCGAGCAUCCUAUCAAGGAUGAAGAUGAUGCACGGCGAUCAGGUAUCCCUCCAAAUACUCGUCAUGGAUGUAAAAGAAUCGUUUCCAACGGAUCCCGCGGGAUGAGAAGAGGCUACGAGGUCAACAUCCCGUUUCAUAUCGAAGAUUCCACAGAUGAUCGGGAAGAAACGCUUCCUGCUUCCAUGACAUCCGUCCCUCCCGUCAGCACCCGCCGAAUCCAUAAAGGCCGGCCAUCACGUGAACUGGAUAUCCGGGACUUCAGCCCUACCGCUCCCGCUCGCCAGCUUUCUCAGAACCGGCCGCUCAAAAGCAUGGAGCUUCCGCCUACCAUUUGUCGACAAGAAUUGUUCACGGGCCAAAAGACCAACAUGCCAUGA